AGCCAAAUCAAUUACUGCUGCUGUUCAGACGCUGGUAAAAGCCGCGUCGUCGGCUCAGCGCGAGCUCAUCGCCCAAGGUCGCCUCGAAUCACACCCACAACAGCACAGUGAAGACUAUCAGUGGUCUGAGGGCUUAAUCAGCGCCGCUCGUUUCGUUGUUGCCGCUGUCCAUCAGCUUUGUGAAGCACAAAUGGCUCUCGUCAACGUCAACGAGCGAAGAAAAGCUCAAUUUCAGGCUGCCGAAGCAGCUUCAACUGCUCAGCUACUCGUAGCCUGUAAUGUAAAGGCCGAUAUGGACAGUCAAGCGAGGCGACGACUUCAAGCUGCAGGACAUGCUGUCAAGACGGCUACUGAGCGACUUGUCACUUCGGCUCGACAAAACGUAGUUGAGGAUGAACGUAACAUUGUCAUUUCUGACCGACUGGUCACUGGCAUUGCGCAGGUAUGGAACGCCCAAGAACAAGUGCUUCGCAAGGAGAAAGAACUCGUUCACGCAAGGGAACGUCUUGCGAAUAUCAACAAAGCGCGAUACGAGCGCGGAGCAUCGCCCGAGCAGUAA